GUUCUUCCUUCAGUCGCGUGAGGCCAUCCGCGCGCGGUUUGCUCCCGUUUCUCAGAGACCCGCGCUCCACUCGCCAGGCGGCUCCGCUUCCCAGGGAGACGGUUUGGUUUCAGGGGCGGCCGCGGCGGUGGCGUUCAUGUCGCGAAGGCGCGUCUCCGCCAGCCCGGAGCUGAGCUGGCGGCAGGAUCAGGCGCUGGGCACAACCAUGCGUAUCGUGCGGGAGCUGGGCCCUACCGCUUUCGUCCUGCAGGAGGAAGACCAGAGGGCGGCGGAGCUCAGGGUUUCCCUGGGGAACCCUCAUUCAUGCAGCUGCUCAGUAUUUCUGAAAGAGAAGGACCUUUGUAAACAUAUCUGCUGGUUAUUACUAAAAAAGUUCAAACUUCCAAGAGACCAUGAAUAUGCUUUACAGAUUGGUUUGUUAGAACGAGAAAUUAACUAUCUGCUUCAGAAUCCACAAGUUGUCCCCCAAGUAAAAAUAAUUGCCCAUUCUGUUAAGAAAUUGAUAACAGUUGAUGAUGGGUAUGUUAAACAAAAAAGUAUUGACAAUGAGGAUAUAUGUCCUGUUUGCCAGGAUAUGCUACUCAAAAAAAUGCUUCCUGUCACUUAUUGCAGGUUUAGUUGUGGGAACAACAUACAUAUAGUGUGUAUGAAAAUUUGGAUUGAUCAUCAGCGAGAUUUAGAGAAAAAUUCUUUAGUGAAGUGCCCUCUAUGCAGGGAAAAUUUUGCCCCACUGAAGCUUAUCUUGGAAGAAUUCAGAAACUGCAAAAAACUUGUUACUGCAGCAGAAAAACAAAGUCUUAACAAACACCUUGGAAUCCCUUGCAAUAAUUGCAGAGUACUACCCAUUGAGGGAAAUUGCUACAAGUGUACUGAAUGUAGUAAUUAUCAUCUAUGCCAUGGAUGUUUUCAAAGCUUUUGCCAUCCGUCACAUAUUUUUGCUUUCCGAGAGAAAAGGAAUCAGAGAUGGAAAUCAUUUGAACCAAAAGUGCAACUGUCAACAACAGAAGAAAACCUGAAGAUUAAUCCAGAAGAGAAGUUUAAAGAAGAAAAAAACAAGGAACCAUUCAGCUGCAUACCACAGCAGGUCCUGAACUCAAUGCCCAAUAUAGUGAUUAGGAAGGGCAGCCCUUUACUUGAUCCAGGUUUACAGUGUAGACUCUGUUUGAAGAUAUUCUGCCUUGGUCAAGUUUCAAGGACCUUACCAUGUAAUCACAAGUUCCACAGAAAAUGCAUUGACCGUUGGCUGCAGAAAGAAAAUGCAUGUCCUAUUGAUGACCAUGUUGUAUAUAAUCCAUUAACUUGGGAGACGGCAACAAGCAAAGACAAAGUAAAUCAAUUAGGGUCUCAAGCAAAACAUUUCCUUGCAAAACAGUCUGGGCUGGAUCUUUUUAUACCAGGUACUGGAUUGUCCAUCAAACAAAUAAAGCCUCACCAUGUCAUGGAGGUAUCUCAAAGUAGUUUUCAAGGAAACUGUAACAAGAAAACAAAUUCUGCAGCGACUGAGCAAAAUUUAACAUUGAAUGGUUUCAGCUAUCCUUCUACCAGAGAUGCUGGUUCUAGCUUGCUUAACACUCAAAAACCAAAACAUUUGAAAUUUUCUAGACAUAUAAAGGGUUUAGUCCUUAUUCCAAAGGCUCAUGCUGAUAAAUUUACAGAUAAAGUAGUUGGUACUGAUUUAAGAUUAUGUGCAAAUUAUAAAACAGAUUAAAAUUAGAACGCUACAGAUUUUUUAAGAAAAUAGAUUACAUUGUAGUUAUUUUGAUGUACAAAGGAUCCAGAUGCUUUAGUUUUUUAUAUAAAUGUUUAAAAAAUAGUGUGAAAAUUAUUUUACUUGGUUUGAUAGUCAAUAAAGUUUUACAUAAAAUAGUGUUUAUCACCAUAAAAAGUCUUUUGAGGUUUUUUUGGCUCCAGUAAAUUCAAAUUUUCUUUAAGUCUAAAUAUCUAAACUACACUUUUGAAUACAUAAAAUAAAAUAUAUUCACCUAUUUGUCCCAAAUGUUUCUUAAGUGAUUUAAACUCUAAUUAAACUGUAACUACACAUUUCUGUGGAUUUUUUUGUUUUUUUGCUGCAUUUGGUGACUUUAAAUGACUAAUAAUGUUAAUCUAAACCAAGUUUAUACUUAUUAGCAUCUUCAGUGUUUAUGUCCCUCAGAAGAUAAAGAGAUGAUUAAUAAAAACAUUUACCGUAAAUGGUAGUUUCCGGCGUAUAAGACGACGUUCUAGGAAUGCGGCCCAGCUAUAAAGACGGGGGUCGUCUUAUACGCCGGGUCGCCUAAUACGGCGGCAUAUACGGUACUCUUUCUUGCUGAUAGAAGUGGAAUAUCCUACAAAGAGAUAAAUUGCUCUUGUAAUGGCAUUGUAAAAAAUGUUUUAUUUAAUUAUGAAUGGUAACUCUAGUAUAAACCAGCAAAUUAAUGUAAUAGGAAAUAUUGCUUUUAUAAUAUGAACAAUAAAUAGCAGGUAUAGCAAAACAUAGACCAAACAAUUUGGAUGUACAAUUUCAAUGGUCUACAAACUGGAACAAAUGUUUUACAAAACUGCCACCCAUAUUAAUAUGUUAAAAAUACAAAAAGCUGGUACACAGAAAUAUAAACAUCCCUGUAUAUAGGAACUUGAUUGGAAUUCUUGGGAAAAAUAUUUUCCCUGUUUGCAGAAAAGCCACUAGUUGUUGUUCCAUUGUCAUAUUCCAAUCUUGAGUUGUGUAAAAGGCCCUAAGUAUUAUCCUGUUACUUCUUUCAAUUCAUGUUAAUAAAGAGCUGUACAUAUUUUGGAUCGCUCAAGUGCUGUCAUUACUAAAUUUAAUAUUUGGGAUGUUUUUUUAAAAAAAACCUCAGAAUAUGGAUGAAAAUCAGAAUGUUGGAUUUGAACUGAUGCACUAGUAACCCAUGCACAUUUAAGAACCAUAUGCUAUAUUCAAAGAGAUAUUUUCUUUUAUGGAGAAAACACCAUAUAUGUUCAGGGUGUACACAGAGAAUUGCAAAGUCACCAUGAUCAUUGAACAAUGAUAGAACAAAGAGUAAAAUAAUGGGGAUACUUGAACCAGUCAUUCAUAUGUGCCAUUUCAUGUCAUGAGCUGAUCUUCUAACCAAGAUUAUAAUUAAUACUAGAACAUCCAUAUGACUAGAUUUCCAACUCUCAGUAUAAUGGGUUCACCAUGCAUGACUGUCAAGCCUGUCACAACCCUUUAAACCUAAGAUUAUUCAUUAUUACCAAGCUUGUCAUUCUGAAGAAGCGGCAUCUCCAGGUAUUAUGUAAUGUUGCCUAGCUCACUUCUUGAAGCAUGGCAUCUUAACAAUUUCUGCAAGCUGUUCCUUUCAAGAGUCCCUGAUACUGGUAUUCACUUGUAUAGCCAUGCAGUGAAUGGCUGUAACACAUACUCCAUGAGACGCAAUAAUCAAUUUGUUUUUUUAAAACAAUCAAGAAUCACAAGGUUAUUGGUAAGAUUUUUUUUUUAAUUAAACUUAACAGUGUCUUAUAAAUUUUAAGCUAUAGACAAUCCAUUGGCACUGCAGUAGUUGCACAGACAUGAACAGCUGCUACUGGUAGGAAAAUGUAAAAAUAAAAUGAAAAGGAUCAGCACAAAUAAACCAUAAAACAAAUUUAAAAUAUGCUGUGAGAAAAGAGUCCUUAUUAUUUACAACAUAAAUCGAGUAAGUAAAGACUAGACUAUUUCUGCAGUGGAUUAGAUUAUCAACUUUACAUGAUUCAGUGACUAGUCUUAAUUAGUACUGUGAGCUUCUUUUGAAAGAAACCACUCUGCAUUUCUUUCCCUUAACACAGUGUUUCCCAAACUUGACAAUUUUAAGGCAUGAGGACUUCAACUCCCAGAAUUCCACAGCCAGCAACGCUGGCUGUGGAAUUCUGGGAGUUGAAGUCCACAUGCCUUAAAAUUGUCAAGUUUGGGAAACACUGCUUUAACACAAAGCACUACGGCAAUAUGAAAGCGGCACAGCACAUGUGUGAGAAAGCAUCAAGCUAGUCUCUAAAACAGCAACAAUGGAAAAUGGGCUGCCUGCUUUGGUGGUGGGUAAAAACAAUUGCAUUGAAUGAUAGCAAGAGGGGCAAAUUUCAGGCCUCUCCUUGGCAGGAUGAACAGGUGGGCCCCAAUGCAGCAAGACUGAACUAAAUGAUGUUGUAAUCUUAAUGGCCAAUUUUGUAAAUCCAGAGUCUAAAUUUAUCUAAAUAACAUUGCUGAAUAUUACAUGGGGUUGGAAUUGCUGAAUAUUCAGCAGUUCCUCUAUUAGAGAAUAUCUCAACUUUUAAUAAUAGAUGUCAUAAAGGGCUAAUUUCAGUGGUGACUGUUUCCAUGUCUAUUUCCAGAUACUGUUCUAGCCAUUGCAGCUCACAAAAUGGGAUUCCCAAUACAAACUAUACUCUUAAGAUUGUAAGCAUAUGUAUAUUUACUUAUUUAGUAGGAAAUUCCAUUCAACUAUAAAGAAUUUCCUUCUGAAUAAGCAUGCAUAGAACUGCUCUGUUAACAUGCAUGCAAUACGGUAAAACUGAACCAAUAUGACAUAGAAAUACAUUUUUAAAAAAACACACAAAAAAUCUAUAUAUGCUGAAGAAUUACACACCAGUAUAUUUUAAAGAACAGUGUAUUACAAUUGGGAAAUGUACAAUUAUUUGACAAUUCUUUUUGUAAAAUUUUCAAAAUUAGUUUAAAUUUCAGCCAAUACAACUAAUUGAUACAAAAUGCUAAAAAUCAAUUAUUUCAGAAAUACUGAUUAGGGAUUAAAGGGAACAAUACCAUCAAAAAUUUACCAGGCAUAAUUCUAUCAGUGCUGUUAAAAUAUAAAAUGGCAAAAACAUUUUUUGUUUGAAAAUUGUUUAAUAUUCCAAAAUGCUUAAAAUGUCUGGUACUAUUUCAGUGCAUGUGUCACAUAUGAAGGGAAAUGCACUUAUUUUCUGAAACUGACUUCCAAAAAUAUUUUUAGUUACAUUAUAUUUAAAUCAUUAAUAUAUCUCCCACAUACCCAGAGAGACAUUUGUGCUUAGAUUAAAAUCUGAAAUUAGUCUUACCGUUUCAUGCACACUCUGGUAAGAACCAAUAAUGUAGUGAACAAUUAAAGAGAUAGAUUUUUCUGAUCUGUAUCACCAAGCUGCAGAUGAGACAGUAAAACAUUUGAAUAUAAAAUGUAAAUAGUAUUUAAAAAAAAAAA